GUUGUCCGUAAGUGGAAACAACGAAAAACGGUUUUGAAAAAGAAAAAAAAACUUUAACUUCUCUCUUCUUUUUUUUCCUUCAGUUGUUUCAAAAUUCGAAUUUUCUCUUUGAUUUUUCUUUUCUCUUUAUCUAUUCUGCGUUGUUUCGAAAGAAAAGAAAAGAAAUGUUUGAGCCUCAACGUUUCGUAAAUUUACAAGAGAAUUCGAAUUUCGGAGACCCCAAAUCCUGGCUUUCAGGUGAUAAUCGCAACAUCAUGAACGGCAACUCCUCCCCGACUCACCUUCCAACUCACUCUUCACUCACUUACUCCAACGCCAAUCUGGAUCGCGUCCUCUACAACGAUCUCGUCGAGAUGAUCCCUCUCGUUCAAUCCCUCAUCGAGAGGAAACCAAGUAGUUCAUUUACAAGGCGUGGUUCGAUGAUAUACACCAAGACCCCUUCAAGGGAAUCCUUAUCUGGAAAUGAUAUUCAACAUUUGAGUUUGUGUUUGAACAAAUAUGCAAUGGAAGUUCUUUGUAGGAUUAUCAAAGGAAUUCUCACCAAUAAGGUUACUGAUAUGAAAGGGAGGAAUGGAGCUCAGUCAAUUCCAAUGAGAAAGAAAAAAGAUAAAGUCGACAAGAAUGGUAGUAAUAAUCAAGAUGGUGAGGACUGCUCAAUAUUUUCCUCAGAGGCUUUGGCAACAGAAAAAGAGAAUGAAGAGUUAAUUUCAUUCAGGGAACAAGUGGAGGAUCUGCAAAAGAAGUUGCUAGAGAAAGAUGAACUUUUGAAAUCAGCAGAGCUUUCAAAGAACCAGAUCAAUGAUGUUCGUGCUGAACUUGGUAAAUUGAAGCGAGAUGCUGCAGUAAAGGACUCUUUAAUCAAGUCUAUUCAGUUGCAACUCUCUGAUGCCAAGAUUAAACUUGCAGACAAGCAGGCUGCCCUGGAAAAGACACAGUGGGAAGCAAUGACAUCGAAGCAAAAGGUGGAGGAGCUGCAAAAUAAUAUUGAUUCCAUGCAAGGAGAAUUUUCAUCAUUUAUGCUGUUGUUAAAUGGUUUAACAAAGAAUAAUCCCACUACACAUGCUGAUGAUUAUGAUUUAGAACCAUACCCUUUGGAUCCUCUCCCUUGUAUGGCCCACAAAGUGCGGAUUUCAUUGUUUAUUUUGUCUAGCCAUGAAGAAUCCGCUUUUGGCAUAAACAGGAUGAUGUCAAUGACGAGGAGCUACAGAAAAUGGAAGAAGCAAGGCAAGCUUAUGUUGCUGCUGUUGCUGCUACAAAAGAGAAGCAAGAUGAAGAAUCCCUUGCUGCUGCUGCCAGUGCAAGGUUAUAUCUUCAAUCAUUUCUUUUCAGAUCAGAAAGUAUGGAAUAAAGCAAUAUAAGAAUUGAAGUAGGCUUGGCAAUCCGUGUAUACGUGUCACGUUCGGUGUUUUGUUUUGUGUAAGCUGUGUAAACACAAACGCAACACAACACAACACAAAUGUGUAUUAAACGUGUUGGUGUCCAUUGCGUUAGUAGUGCUUAAAUUUCUCAGGUUGUGUUGUGUUUAUUACACGGGUUUCAUGUUUUACUAAACGUAUCGUGUUCGAAAUUGUCUGAUCUUAGCUUGAAGCAUUCCGCACAAGCUCAUUAAUGUAUUAGCACUAUUGGUUUCAUACUGUAGGCGUUUAUUUACUGUA